AUGCCUCUUCAACAAUGUUUCGCAUUUCGUUCGGAGGUCUGUUGAAUUUUUGUGAGUCUAUGCAGUCAAUCUAGCUACUGGAGUAUAAUGGCCAAGAGCAAAAUUUCGAGAUGGCCAAGGCACGGCUUUACGCCCUUCCCGCUGCCGAAGUGGAGUCCAUUUCGAAGAAAAUAAUGUAUACAUCCGAUGUAUGUCCGGAAAUGACACACAUGGUGAUCAAAGCUAAAAAGGGUUAAGUCCCUCCUUCACUUUCAACCGUAUUUUGUAGAUUAUCCUCACUUAUGGCCGCCUAAAAUCGAUGAGUACAGUGUGGCCGAAUUAAUAUUCAAAUGGCAGUCUGAAUGCCGGGCUCUUUCUGAGGAGCUUGAAAAUUUCAGGAAAGCAUUUUCAGAUCGAGAGGCGUGA